CAAAAUGACGUUUCACUCUCGACUCUGUGCUCUCUCCUCCUUCAGAGCACGUGUUUUAUCGACACCGCUAUCGCCUAGAGUCUGGGCAGACCAUGGAUGCUCAAGAAUUUGUGUAGCUGCUAAAACUCAUGGUGAUAAGGGAAGAUCGUCGAAUGUUAUCGGGCCUAAUGGGAUUAGGGCGUAUAAUACUGGCCAAGAUUUGUCGAGUAAGAAGUGUGUGCCGUGCGAGUCCAAGGAUCUGAGGGCUAUGACUGAGGAUGCAGCCAACAUUUUGAUCCGUCGAGUUCCUGAAUGGACUUUGGAGAAUGACAAUGGUACCCUUAAGCUGCAUCGAUCAUGGAAAGUGAAGACCUUUGUUAAAGGAAUGGAGUUUCUUCGCCUCGUAGCAGACCUUGCUGAAGCAGAAGGUCAUCACCCAGAUCUUCAUCUUGUUGGAUGGAACAACGUAAAGAUUGAUAUAUGGACUCAUGCCGUGGGUAAAGAUCACCUGGCUUUUUCUAUUUCUCACAACUGAGUUCUUUAUUCCUUUUAUUUUUCGGAUAGUUUGGUUCUACUUAUGCAACUUAUCAAUUCUUCUUGAAUAAUUUGUUUCAGUUGAUUUGAAUAAUUGUUCAUCCGUUCAUUUGACAUUUAUCAUGGGAUAAGAGUUGAUUAAGCAGUAAAAAUGGAUGCCAUAAGACUGAAGAGCUUUCAGGCAUUUCAGUUUGAAGCUUGCCAUAUGAUGCUCGGUGUUCUGUUUGUAUACCACAUUAAUGAAAAAUAUGCCUGAAAGUCAAAAAGAAAAAUACUUGAUACGUUUUGUUAAACCUUAUUUUAAAGCAACAAGGAUACGUAAUUUUUUCUGCCCAUUUUGGAGUAAUUAUAAAUUUACUACACUUAUGUGCGUGAUUUGCUGUGAGUUUCAAUCGUUUGCCCUUCGAUAUAGUUCUUGUUCAUGGUGUAGGUGGACUCACUGAAAAUGAUUUCAUACUAGCCGCGAAGAUAGGUGGACUCAAUCUUCAUCACCUUCUAAGGAUUACACCCUCUAACAAGUGACUGCUUGUAUUAACAAUCUGCAAUGAAUAUCUUUUUCUCUGAUACUGUCUACUUCCAAGAUUCAAGAAUGGAUGUUGUAAUGGAUAUUUUUAUGAUACUGUUCUUUGGAGGUAGUUUGAAUAAUAGUUCAUCUACUGCCUUAAACUGAAGAUGCCUUUUAAAGUUUUAAUAGUGCAACUGAUUGUUGAAAAUUGAUAAAACUCAGGUGAACAAAAUCCAGAACCUCACAUUUUUUAACCAUGCAUGUUGAUUUCAGAUUGAAUUUUGUUUACUCAUACAUUCUAAGUUCGACACUUUGUUACUUCCAAGAGCACAAAAUUGAUUCAGUUGAUUCCAAUUCAGGGUGUUUACUUUCAAGAGCACAACUAGGGCUGCAAACGAGUCGAGUCGAGCAUUGACCUUAUCGAGCAAGAUUGAUUUUUUUUUUAACCUGCUCGAGCUCGUUGAGCUUGAUU